GUGGGAAGGCUGGAUUCGAAAACAAACAGUUGACCCUCCCUGGCUCUUCAAGUGUGACCUGAAAGUAAUCGUUAUAUGAUAAUUGUUUUUACACACGCCUUCAGUUGACAAGGAGUCCUGAGCGUGGACCAUACACUCUCCAAAAAGAACCAUCUCCUGGUCUUGACCUUAGCCCUCAUCAGUAGGUCUGGCUCAUCAACCACAGCUGGAAUACGCGAUGUUUGGAAAGUGACGAAGGGGUUGCAAAGCAACAUCGACAACCACGUCGUCCUCUCUGCUUCACUGUCCUCAUAUCUGAAGAGACACGUAACCAAGCACGAUGGCCGUCAUGUCCGAGAGACGUGCUGCUCUGGGGUUUGUGUUCAUCGAGAUCUCCAUCUUGACCACCUAUUUUGUUGGGUUCAUUCUGCCGAACUGGACACUUGUGACGGUGGAUAACUGGCGAGAGAUUAAUCGAGCGUCCAUGGGGAUCUGGUCAGCGUGUGGAUUCGACCACGACAUUGAACUGCUGUCCGGAGACUUCUACCAUGACCAGUGCAUAUCACUGCUCGAAGUCGGCGUCCCAGGCUGGGUGAGGGCAACGCAAGCAUUUGCAGUUCUUGGUCUGUUUUUCGGUGUAGUGUGCGUAGUUCUGUCCCUUGUCAUGGCGCUCGGGCCCUGGGACGAGGAUGUCAUCUUCAAGGUGUUCCUGCCGAUCUGGUACAUUGGCGGGUUCUGUAUGCUCGUGACAAUCAUAAUCUACGGAGCCAGCUUGCCCCCAAGGGAACAUGAAAUACCCCGUCGCGGCACCGGCAACGAGUACACCAUCACCACAAUCAGAUGGAAGUUCAGGACGGGCUUCGUACUGGAGGCCAUAGCAGCGUGUUUGUGGAACGCGUUCGGCUUCGUGUUCCUGUGUGGAGUGUGUUGUACGUGAACGCGGCUUUAAUGAAAGACGAUACUCUGAAUGGAGCACUUUUACUAGGGGUCGGGUGGCAUGGAUGUUUUCUGCUACGCUGGAAUAACAUUUGCAUCUACAGCUGACUUACACACAGCAGUGUUUACUACAGAUGAUGCAUGGUGUGAAAAUAAGGCCCCAGUACGUUAUAACAAACAUAUCUAUAUAACCGAGUCAGUAUUAAGCGUGGUGUGAAGGUAAAGGCUGGAAUCAAGUAUGAUAUGGGCAGAGGGCACUGCUGUGGAUUCACCAAAGACGAGAAUGCCAAUGACGUUUUUAUAACCAUUGUCAAACCAUACUGUACAAUUUGCGACAGAUAAUUAUAUUCAAGACUUUUGGCCACCAUUCACAAUAUUACAAACGCACACGCCCAAACGCACACACACAUAUAUUUAAUCUGUAAUUGUUAUUUUAAUGGCAUGUCAUCAUAUCGAUAUAUUGAUAACUAUGAUGUUGAUGGUGAGUGAGUGAGUGUGUUCUACUUUGUAGUCACAUCGGCAAUA